AUGCAUUUGCUCAUUUUAGGUGGUACUCACUACGUCGGGCGCCUUGUUGCAGAACAGGCUCUGGCUCGCGGCCACCAAGUCACCGUCUUCAAUCGCGGCAACAAGCCAGCCCCUGCAGGGGCGCAAGCCUUGCUCGGUGACCGCCUUGCAGAAAACGGAUACGCUGCUCUCGAUGGUCUUUCCUUCGAUGCCGUCAUUGACACUUGGGACUCGGACGCCUCUGCGGUGAAGCAGGCGAUUGCCGCGCUCAAUGGCCGGAUGAAGCACUAUGCAUUCGUCUCAAGCAUAAGCGUAUACGAUCGCAAGGCGUCGACAGCACCCUACGACGAGACCUCUGCGCUUCACGACACGGAUAAGACGCCAGUCAAGUACUUCAAGGACAAGCUGUGCUCAGAGCGCGAAGCUGCCGAAUCUGGCGUGCCGACGCUCAUUGUCCGUCCCGGACUCAUCGUCGGGCCCGGCGAGACAACGCCUGGCAGGCUGCCGUGGUGGCUUCGAAGAAUGGAGCGAGGCGGGCUGACGCUGGCGCCGGGGCCAGAAGACCUGGCUUUGCAAUUCAUCGACGGACGCGACCUGGCCGCGUUUCUGAUUGACGGUGCGGAGCGCAACAUUCAAGGCACUUUCGACGCCGUAUCGGGCAUGAGCCACAUUACGCUGGCAGGCCUCCUGGAGGCUGCCAAUGAAGCUGCCGGUGGCAGGGCCUCGCUGGUGUGGGUGGAUGGUGACGAGGUGGCGAAAGCUGUUGCCGGGAAGCGGAUGGAAAUCCCAAUGUGGCUCCCCAAGGCACAUGCUUCCAUUUUCCAGAGUACAGGCAAAAAAGCGGCCGCAGCUGGAUUGAAUAUACGGCCUGCGCUGGACACUAUCAAAGAUACGUGGGAUUGGGUCAAUAAGAGCGGAUGGAAGAUCGGAGAUGGGCCUGCAGGGGUGCUAGAAGAUGUUGAGGCUGCCAUUCUUGAGCAGCACGCCGAAUUAGACAAGCAAUGA